AAACAAUCUUCCGGUACAGCAGGUGGCGGUAUGCCAUCAGAGCUAAGCACUGCUUUUUCGGAUAGUGCUAGCAGUAGAAACACACAUGCCUACAUCCCACUUUAAUAACUCUGUCUUUUUAGUUAAUUGUAGGAUAUAUUAUAUGUAUGGUAAAUGGCGAAAUUUGCCGUUUUAUUUUUGCUUUUGAAUCAGAGAGUGGAUUUCAACACAGGACAUUACCAGCUCCCAAAACCUGAAGGAACUGAAACCAAACAUAACUCGUCUUCAGUGUUUGAUCUAUCCAGAAAGAGAUUCCAGUACACGUACACCAGUCUGGAAGAGUAUUCACAACAUAGUCUCAAUUUUGAAAACUCGCUCAAGAGACACACAUUUCUGAACACACAGCCCAACGAAGCCACAAACAGCUCGGCCAGAUAUGGUGUGAAUCGAUUCUCCCAUCUAUCGCCCCAGCAGUUCAGAGAGGUGUACUUGCGAACCAAGGCUGAGGUAGUCUCUCACUAUAACGCCAGCGGGCUGAAUCGGCGCAGCCGUGUUGUCAGAGAGCUGCCUGCCCGGUUUGACUGGCGGGAUGAGGGGAAAGUGGGGCCGGUGCAGAACCAGGGGGCGUGUGGGAGCUGCUGGGCCUUCAGCCUGGUUGGGGCGCUGGAGUCCGUCAGAGCCAAAGAGGGACACCCCCUUGAGCAGCUGAGUGUCCAGCAGGUCCUCGACUGCUCCUACGAGGACCAGGGCUGUGAAGGGGGCUCCACAAUCCGAGCCCUCACUUGGCUGAAGAAGACCCAGGAGAAGUUGGUGAAGAAGUCUGACUAUCCCUAUAAGGGAGUGUCUGGAAUUUGCCAUUUAUUUGCUAAGUCACAUGAUGGCGUUUCAGUGAACAACUACAUGACCCAUGACUUCAGCGGUGAAGAAGACAUCAUGAAGCAGUGGCUGGUGGACUAUGGACCUCUGGUAGCUACCGUAGACGCAGUGAGCUGGCAGGACUAUUUGGGCGGAGUCAUCCAACAUCACUGCUCCAGCCGCAAUGCCAAUCAUGCUGUACAGAUCACUGGAUACGAUACCACAGGCGAUGUGCCGUACUGGAUCGUGCGUAACUCCUGGGGCACUUCCUGGGGCGUGGAAGGUUAUGUGCACAUCAGGAUAGGAGGGAACCUGUGUGGUAUAGCAGACACAGUGGCGGCCGUGAGUGUGUGAUGGUUGUGUGAUUGAGACAGUGGCCUAAAGGGACGGUGAACCAGCAAACUUGGCAUUUCAUCAACGGAACCAAAUUACUUGACCUGGUACCA